UGGAGACGGCGGAAACGUUCUGGAUCAGCGAUGGAGAAGUAUGAGAAAAUCAAAGUUGUCGGGAGGGGAGCUUUCGGUAUCGUUCACCUGUGCCGCAGGCGCGGUGACGGAGCAUUUGUCAUCCUGAAGGAAAUCCCAGUGGAGCAAAUGUCACGAGACGAACGUCUGUCGGCUCAGAACGAGUGUCAAGUCCUUAAACUGCUCAACCAUCCAAAUAUCAUAGAGUACUAUGAGAAUUUCUUAGAAGACAAAGCCCUAAUGAUAGCUAUGGAGUAUGCACCAGGUGGAACCCUGGCGGAUUACAUUCAGAAGCGUUGUAACUCCCUGCUGGAUGAGGACACUAUCCUUCACUUCUUUGUGCAGAUCUUACUUGCCCUGUACCACGUCCAUAACAAACUGAUCUUGCACAGAGACCUUAAGACGCAGAAUAUUCUUCUUGACAAGCACCAGAUGAUCGUCAAAAUUGGUGACUUUGGCAUCUCCAAAAUCCUUGUCAGCAAGAGCAAAGCUUAUACGGUUGUUGGGACUCCAUGCUACAUCUCCCCAGAGUUGUGUGAAGGGAAGCCCUAUAACCAGAAGAGUGACAUCUGGGCCUUGGGCUGUGUGCUCUAUGAGCUUGCGAGCCUCAAGAGAGCCUUUGAGGCUGCUAAUCUACCCGCCCUCGUCCUAAAGAUCAUGAGUGGAACAUUUGCUCCAACUUCAGACCGGUACAGUCCAGAGUUGCGACAGCUCAUCCUCCACAUGCUCAAUCUGGAUCCAUCCAAACGGCCCCAACUUAAUGAAAUAAUGGCUCUUCCUGUAUGCAUCAGGCCCCUGCUUAAUCUCUACACGGAUAUUGGCAACGUCAAAAUGCGACGGAUUGAAAAACCGCUGUCUAAUAUGCAAACUGGUCCUCAGAGUAGACAAGGAGGCAGAGUCCCUACCAACAGGUCCAGAGAUGGAUCAGUGGGUUUAGGAUCAGGGAAGGUUCAUUCUCUCCCACUGUCGGCAGUGUACACAUGGGGAAGUGGAAUCUCAGCACCGCUCCGACUGCCGAUGCUCAACACUGAGGUGCUUCAAGUGUCUCUGGGCCGCACUCAGAGGAUGGGGGUGACCAAGUCUGGCCGUCUGAUUACAUGGGAGGCUCCAUCAGUGGGUUCUGGUGAGGCCAGUCUGCCCGGUGUGGUGGAGCAGAUGCAGCCUCAGUUCAUUUCACGUUUCCUUGAGGGUCAGUCUGGAGUCACCAUCAAGUCUGUGUCCUGUGGCGAUCUUUUUACCACCUGCAUGACAGACAGGGGCAUUAUCAUGACAUUUGGAAGUGGGAGCAAUGGCUGUCUGGGACACGGAAACUUCAAUGAUGUAACACAGCCAAAGAUAGUUGAGGCCCUCCUCGGCUACGAGCUGGUUCAGAUGUUGUGUGGUGCUUCCCACGUACUCGCUGUGACCAAUGAAAGAGAAGUAUUUGCCUGGGGAAGAGGAGACAAUGGUCGCCUCGGGCUAGGUACCCAAGACUCCCACAACUGUCCACGGCAGGUGUGUUUACCUGUGGAAUUUGAGGCCCAGAGGGUUAUUUGUGGAGUCGACUGCUCCAUGAUUAUCAGCACCCAGUACAGCAUUGUGGCCUGUGGAAGCAACAGGUUCAAUAAGCUUGGGCUGGACCAGAUAACAGUUGGAGAGGAAUCAAAUCCCUCGAAUCAGGUGGAAGAAGUCAACUCUUACACUCAUGUCCAAUCGGCCCCACUCGACAGUGAGAAGAUAGUUCACAUUGACAUCGGGACAGCCCAUUCUGUUGCAGUUACAGAGAGGGGUGAGUGUUUUACCUUUGGCAGCAACCAGCAUGGUCAGAUGGGCUGCAGCUCCCGUCGCAGCAGCCGUGUUCCUUACCUGGUCCCAGGGCUGCAGGGCAUCACCAUGGCCGCUUGUGGAGAUGCUUUCACCUUGGCUAUUGGAUCUGAUGGGGAGGUGUACACCUGGGGAAAGGGCGCCCGUGGCCGCCUCGGAAGAAAAGAGGAGGAUUCUGGGAUACCAAAGGCGGUGCAGCUUGACGAAAGUCACCCAUUCACGGUGACAUCGGUGGCUUGUUGUCAUGGCAACACCCUGCUGGCAGUGAAACCUUUGCUUGAGGAACCUGUCCAGAGAUGAUUGUGUCCCAAAAAACGAACCCAGCCCCACUUAGCAGUCGUCCUGCAGUCUGGCAGUGGCCUGAGGUGAAGCUUCCUCUGAAUAUAACUCCUCCCAGAGGCCCAUCUGUGCUGCAGUUGAAAGAUUUCCUUUCACACUGCAGCUGCGGCCUCAGAUUCUCACUUGGUCUCCAUCUAGUUUUUUUCUCUUUUCAGUUUGUUUCGGUCAACGGUUUCAUGUCUUACAGAAAGGCACAAAAAAGCUCAAAGUAUGUUUGUGUUACAGCAGGUGAAUGUCACAACAGGUUAGAUAAGAGAAAUGUUGCAACCCUGUCUGCUACUUAAAAUGGAUUACAGGAUGUCAUUAGGCAGCUUUCAUGUGGAGAGCUAUUGUCUUCUCUCACAUGCAGAGUUAGCAUAAUAAAGGCCAGAAAAAGUCAAACUGGUUUUAGCUUCCUUAAGCCACCUAUGAAGAGUGAAAGCCACUUGAGUGUCAUCAGUCGAAUGAACCAAACACAGUGACCUCGAUCACGUCGUCAGUGCUCACAUUGUACUUUAUUGGAUUAAUCCUCUAGUACAUUUGUAACUCAAAAGCUGUGCUCAAACCAGAUAAUGCUGGUUCUUUAAAACUUAAUGUGUUGGAAAGCAGUCCCUCGUUCACUGCUCUGCAGGUGGCAGGCGGUUGGACACAAACAGGUUAAAGAUUAUGAAAUGUAUAAAAUGCAUCAGAUUGCAUUGGGUACUGUUAGCAGAAAGUCCUGAAAAAAACAUGUAUAAAUAAAUAUCACAAAACAAACAAAAUCCAAAAUAUACACAGUGUCAUCAACCUCAAUGCUCAUAUUGGUGGAUUAUACAGUUUUGGUUCCAUUGUAAAAGUCUUUGAGAACACUACAGAGAGCACAAAACCCACACAUGGAUACUUUGGCACUCACAGAAAACUAUGGAAAAUAAAUCAAAUGCUCUAACAAUCUCUAAGGACAUGCAUCAAUCAACUAUGGAAGCAAAGAGGGUUGAAAGAAAGGUUUGCCAAAGGUUCUCUUUUUAGUUUUUAGCUGUGUUAAUACUUUUAAUAUGAAAUGGUAUAUACUGUGUAACCUGUAUUCAUAAGGUUACCUAAGACUGUAAGGAAAACUGCCAAUGUGGUUGAAGGAAUACUUGGAUCUUAAUAGUAGCAAUACCACAGCCUAUUGAUACUCUGUAACAAGUUCUUUAUUCAAUAAUUUGACAAAUGUUGGAUUGUAUCUGAGAAGAUGGUUUGUUUCACAGUAAAUAGUUAUUGAGGUUAAGCGUUUAAGAGAAGGUAAUAUUUCUUGUUGCUGCUAAUGGUUGUCUGAUUUUAAAAAAAACAUCCUCAUCAUGAAGGUUGCCCCUAUAAUAAGCUAUACAUCACCAUCUUGAAAUGGUGAAUAGAGUAAAGUUAAAUAACUAUUAUUAUUAUUAUUAUUAUUAUUAUCAUCAUUAUCAUAUAUUACAGUUAAACUACACAUUCAUGUUUUUUUUCUUCAAGUGUUAUUCAUUAAGAUUGUAAUAGGAAAUAUCAUAUUUUUCCAAUUAUUAUAACGUUUUUGAUAUAAUUAGUCCUUAUUGAAGAUGUGUUCACACCUUGUCUGAGGACAUGGAUCAUUGUUGUCUUGUAUGAUGAUGUAAUGAUGAUGUAAUCCGUUGGCAAUACAGCAGGUUAAAAAAAUAUAUAAAUAUGUGGGUGUGCUCUAGAUCUCUAUUGUCAUAAAAACAUGCCCGUCUUUUAUAAUGUAUGCAUGAGGGUAACAUUGUCAGUCAGGUUGUAUUGUUAUUACUUACAAACGCAACAUUUUUAACAGGAA